AUGGAACUCGUCUCCUCUCCUAUUUGUGCCAUCUCUGAUUAUAACUUCUUGGGGUUUGAGGAGGUAGAAGGAGAAGAUGAGUUCAGGGAAGAGUAUGCUUGUCCCUUCUGCUCUGACUAUUUUGAUAUCGUCUCUCUCUGCUGCCACAUAGACGAAGAUCAUCCUAAUGACACUAUCAACGGGGUAUGCCCCGUAUGUGCGGUGAAAGUGAGCUCUGAUAUGGUUGCUCAUAUAACACUUCAACAUGCAAAUAUGAAAAGGAAACCAAGAAGAGGCGGGGCUCAGUCCAUGCUAUCAAUCUUGAAGAGAGAGUUUCCUGAUGGAAACUUUCAAAGCUUGUUUGAAGGAUCUUCACGUCUUGUUGUACCUUCUUCUUCCAGUAUAGCUGCUGACCCUUUGCUGUCUUCAUUCAUUUCGCCAAUGGCAGAUGGACUUUUCAUUACAGAACCAAGUUCCGCCAAGAAGACAUUGAACCAUAGUUUGCCUGAACGUAGUGUUGAGAAGAAGUCGCUUUCAGCAGAGGAUCAUAGAGAGAAGUUGAAACAGAGCGAGUUUGUUCAAGGGAUUUUCAGCUCCAUGAUUCUUGAUGAUGAUUUAUAA